UCUUUUUUUUUAAGUCUCUUCUCAUGUUACACAGCACAUUCCUCUCCAAACCUCCACUCUGCUUUUCCUUCCACCAUCCUCCUGCAAUGUGUUGCUAGAGAUCAGAGCUUUGUUCUGAGACUUUUGAAACUUUGCAAUGGAAACUCAAGAAUAAACCCAGGCAAAGUCACUAAACAAUGUGAUUUUGGAUGCAUCUCAUGGACACACUGGUCCAGUUAAGAUGAGAGUAACUUCAAGAACGUGCGUAUACAUGCAGGAAUAAAAAUGUGUUUGCAUGGAUGAGGAGUGCAGGAAUGAAGAUGCUGUGACUGGACAGACGAAACACAUUAGACUUCUAUCAGUGGUGUUUAUAAUGGCUUUAAGAGUGUGGUUGAAGUUCAGACUAAAAUGUCGGUUUGUGGUGGCCUUCCUGUUUUUCUUCAGUCUAUCAGUGGUGAUGAUAUACACCCUCCCUCCUUUCCCAUCUGAGCAGAGCAAGCUGAACGUACGGGGCCCCCGCAAUAACAAACCCAGCAGACUGGUCAAGAAGUUGCCGCUGAGACUCUAUCUACCAACGUCUUCAUACGUACACAGCAAAACCUGGAAGAACCCUGAAAUGAAAGAUUCUGCUAAAGGUCUCUUGAUGGUCAGCCAUCACCAACAAUCAUUUUCCUCUGGAAAAACAGCAGAGAAAAAAGUAGCAACCAAAAAGCCUGCAAAAAGUAAAGCAAACAAAAAAGAACAAUAUCUGCAGAACAUAAACAAGCAUUCAGUCAAGCCAUUUGCAGCCCGUGCCAAAAGAGGGCGAGUUGUUAAAUUAGGAAAUAGCAGGAACUCUAACCAAACCAUCCAUCUUCUUCACUCCAGACAUGACCCAGCAUUUCCCCAGUCUGCCAGCAUCCAAAGCCUCCACCCAAACAACAAGACAUGCAGGCACAAAUGCACUCCAGAUGAGGCCAAAGCAGAGACAUUCGUAGGGCAGCUCACUGAUGCACAGCAGGUGGUAAAACUGAAACAGGCACCUGGACUAGCAGGAACAAAUGAAAAACAAGCAGGACCCUUUGAGAGGAAGAGGCCCCAAAUCAGAGCAGAAACCAAUGACGGGAUUCCAGAAGAGGCUGGCAUUAAGGUGUCAGCCAAUGACUGGUGCAAGACAAUCUCUGAAGAGACUUUCAUUGAAAACUGGAACCAAACCAAAACAGAGUCUCUACCCUGGCUCAGUGAGGAUGAUAUAAAAAAGAUGGCACUUCUCUCCAGAGGCACAGUGUUGAGUAAAGCCAGGCUUCCAGGCCAUGGACAAGUCCUUCAGGUUAGAUUUAGUGAGAAAAAAGACAUAUUUGUCCCUACAGGGGACAAUCGUAUUACACGCUGUGAGACAGGACAUUGUGCACUCAUAAAACGUCCCAAUGACUGGUUCGAAGUGGUUGCCUUUCACCUGGACAGAGUUCUGGGUCUAAACCGGAGCUUGCCCGCAGUGUUGAGAACAUUCCACAGUGAGAUUCUACCUUACAAAUACACCAAUGGGUCUCCUAGACCAGUGAUAUGGUGGGAUCCCAGCAUACAACAUCUGUCAGAUGCUGAGAAUGACCAGAACUCUUUCUCACUUACUUGGACACAGUAUCAGACUCUACUUCAGAGCAGGUGUGGUACUCGGGUGCCACUUAACUUUACAAGCUGUGUGGGAGUUCAUCAUUCAGAGUGGGGGCGGCUAGCCUUGUUUGACUUCUUGCUUCAGGUGAAUGACAGAUUAGACCGGUCUUGCUGUGGUUUCAGACCAGACCCAUCAGAACUCUGUGUAGAAAACCUUCUGCAUGUCAAAUGUGGAAACCCAAAGGACUUAAAUUUGGUGCACAUCUUGGUUCAGAAGACAGAACCAUCCAGACUGGUUUUUAUUGACAAUGCAGGAAGACCUCAUCAACCACAGGACAACCUCAACUUCAGACUGCUUGAAGGUAUUGAUGAGUUUCCAGAGCGGGCCGUUUCAGUGCUGCAAUCAGGAUGUCUGGAGAGGAUGCUCCUUCGUUCCCUGUCUGUGGAUCGGGAAUUCUGGGUGAGCAGAGGAAAAGCGUCCGGACUCAAAUCUAUCAUCCGGCACGUAGAGCAAAGAGCCAAGGCCCUCCUCCAGUAUAUACAAAAGAAGAAAGUGCGACUCAGCAGAGAUCUUUAACUUUCACAUGAAGAGAUUCUCUUAUAUUGUAAAAAUAAUUACUGAAUUCUUAGAAGACAAAAAUGUUAAUGGAAAUAUUUUGCUUUGAUUUUAAUCAUCCUGUUUCAUUUAUGCAAUUUUGUUCAUUAAGUCUUGUUUUGUUGUGCUGUUUAGAAAGUCAUGCAAACUAUGCAAGACAGCUAAAAUGAGAAGCGCUGGUGCAUUUUGCAUGUAUUUAUGAGUCGAUUUCCUUAAUCAGGGUUGACAAUCCUUGAACUGUGAUUAAGUGAUACUUAUAGUGUCUGAGAGAAGACACUCCAGAUGGUCAUUUGCAAAGCAGGACUCAUGCAGAGGCCCAUCACUGUGAAGAGACUUAGACUAUGUGCUAACCAGACAUAAUGCAAUAAGAUUUCAACAACAAGCAAUUUGUCUUUCUAUGUUGAAUGUUAAUGUGCUGUCGAUGGCACACAGUUGCAGUCAAUUAGAAUAUAUGUAAUAUUUAAUGUACAGUUAUGAGGAGUGAAAUUUUGGUCUAAUGAUGUUUCAUAUAGUGGGUGGCUGAUGUCGCACAAUCUGUCGCUUAUUUAUUUUGUGGUCACGCCUGAACUGGACAAAACCAGAAUUUACAUGGAAGAAAUUAAGCUUUGUA